GCCAUUUUUUUUUCCUCAUCGGGGGGAAGAAAGGGACAAAAGCUUACCAAAAAUAACUUAUCUGCGGACUGGGCUCUCCUCGAGGCGCCUUUUGCGUGUAUCUGCGGUGUUCUCACGGUGUAGCGGACGGAGGGAGGAUGCUGCUCGGAUGAGCUGUGCGGCGGUGGCGGCAGACGCAGCUCACUGAGACACACACACACACAUACACACACACACACACACACGCACACUGAGAAACACACACAGCUUUGGGCCGGUGGAAGUGGGAAGCGAUAGCUGUGUCGGAGGUGGCACAGCGACAACUAACGUUAAUCUGCGCUGAGAAAUUGGACGAGGCCUGCGUGGAAACAUGUAUCAGCUUCCAGUUGGGAAUAUCGACAGGAUCCGAAAGGCCCGCAAGGCAGUCAAGAGUAUCUUAAGUGAGAUCGGCCUGGAAGACUGUCAAGGCCUGCUGAAGGAGCUCAAUGAAAACUCGGAGAACAACUCCGAUGAAGAAGAAGAAGCCUUCCAGGAUACUGAGUGGUAUGAUUUCACAGACGGAUUCAAUGGCCGAAUGCAGAAGAAGUGGCCUUACCGGUCUCGGUCUCUGUGCUGCAACCUGUGCAAGUAUUCGUCGCAAAACAUCUACAACUUCAGAGGCCACGUCUCUCGCUGCCAUGGCUAUGUCCAGACGUACUGCGCGCUGGCGAGCUGCACUCAGUGCCUGUUCAUCGGCCACCCCAAGACUGUUAAGAAACACAUGCUGUUCUUCCACGCCAAACCCAACUCCCACAUGCAGCAGCCGAGGGAAGUAGCGGGCGCGGCCACGGUCCAUCGCGGAAAUGAAAGGUAUCACUGUCGGAGGUGCGGAUAUCCUGCUUCUUCCAUCUUCGUGAUGAAGAAACACAUCAUUCUGAAGCACCUGGACAAUGUGGCGGAGCAGUACAUCGGCUACAGGCUGCAGAUGCACGGACAUUCAACUGUGAAGAUCUACUGCUGCAAGGUGUGUAAGGUUAACAGUGGAUCGCUGGACCAAUUACUGCAUCACUUGCUGAUUGAGCCCGCACACUUCUCCGUCGGCACACAGGUGCAGAGUUUGAUUUAUGAGAACAAGGGCUACACCAUUAAAUCGACUCCCAACGGGAAUGGCAUGUUUGUGACAUUCCCGAGUAUUGCUCCGAAACCACAGCAGGCUCCGCUGUUCAACAGUAACUCUUUGGUCUUGCCGAGUAACGGCCAGCCUCCUGGCACUGUGGUGGCGGUGCAGCAGCUACAAGGAGCUACAAAUAACGCCACCCUGAUCUGCGCCCCUGGAACGAACCAGGCAUUUCUGCCCCCUCAAGCUUCGGCGCUAGUGCAGCUAGCUAGCGCCGAGGCUAAAGGUUUGCUCCAGCCGGGGGCAACAAUAGCCCUUCGAAGUGCUUUGCCCCAAGGAACCUCGAUGGUCCAGCUUCCAACGGUGUCUAACGUUUCUCUGAAGCAGGCUCCGGUGACGUUGACUUCUCAGCCGCAGCCGAGUCAUCCUCAGGCACAGCAGAUCGUUUUUCCAUCAGGAGUGCAGGCCAGUGUGACAAGUGGACACGCGACUGUACCCAAGCCCCCGUUGGUCUCUCACAAUACAGCAGCAACCCAAAGUACCCUGAAAGGCACGAUGCUAACGUCACAGUCUCUGCUCAAUCACUUGAUCCCGACCGGCAACAGCGUGAACGGCAUGCCCACGUAUACCUUCGCUCCUCUGCAAGUAGCAAUGCCUCAGAGCACAAACACCCUUCCCAAGACUGUUGAGCAGAGUAACGCCAGCCCACAGGCGAAGAAAUGGAUCACCUGCCCGCUUUGCAAUGAACUGUUCCCCUCUAACGUUUUCGAGAUGCACACAGAGGUCGCCCACAAAACUAAAUCCAGCACACCCAAGAGCGUGGCGGCGCGAGCAGUGUUUCUGAAGAAAAUGCCCGACAAAACGGUCAAAUGUCUGACGUGCAAAAUUCUCUUAUCGGAAAAGAGUGUCUUCCAGCACCUGCUGCACGGCCUGAAUUGCCUGUACUGCUCCGAACAGUUCUUCUCAAUCAGACAGCUCCUGGAACACGUGAAGCAGCACAAUCCCGCCAGCAAGGCAUACUGUGAUUUCCUGAGACAGAAGUACAGGGUAUACACAAAAGGAGGUGGGGUGAUCCUCUUCCCUUACUUCGAUGUCCACACCACUGCGCCCAAAGAGAUCCUGGGAGACACGGAGGUCAACCUCGCCCUCGUUACAAACUCCCUCGACUUGAUCUUCUUCAAGCUGCAGCCCAGCAACCAGCCAGAAAUCUGCCCGGCGCCUGCUAAAAUCAACAGCUCGUACUGUCCCUUCUGCAACGAGAAGUUUCACCACGAGCCCGAUCACAUCCAGCAUCUCAAGCAGAAGCACUUUGUCGCCCCCACCAUUCACGCCAUCCUCAAAACGGAGGCCUUCAAGUGCAUCUACUGCAACGGCGUGUACACGGGAAAGGUCACGCAGCAGGCCGUGAUGCUCCACAUCCAGCGGUGCCGGUGCUCACCAAAACAUCUACAGCCGCAACCGCAGCCGCCACCGCCACCCAGACCUACAGCCGUGCUGCAGCAGCAACAACCGCAACCGCAACCGCAGCAGCAGCAGCAGCAGCAACAACAGCUCCUGCAAAAGUCAGCUCAGCCACUCAGCCAAGCGUCCGGUCUGUACUUGCUCCAGAUGCCGCAGGGGAUGGCCGUGAAACAGACGCUGGCCCCGACCCGGGUGGUUUCCGCCGCGCCCAAACCCCAACGUCAAGAAAGCGAAGCGGAGCUGCUCUCCAAGAAGAGGCUGGAGGCAGCGUGGAGGGAGGUCAUGGAGACCAACAAACGAGAGCGGGAACAGAAGGCCGCCAUGCGACGGAGGCAGGUGCACGAGAAGCUGUUGCCCCCGCCCGAGCCCGAGCCCGAGGUUCAGAGCGACCCAGCCGUCAAGCUGGCGCUGGAACCCUCGCUGGUGGAGCGCCGCUGCAGCGACGAGGGGAAACUGUUCAUAUCCAAGUACUUCAACGUGAACCCGUACGCGUCCAAAGCCGAGACCGACGAGCUGUGCAAGAGGCUUUCUCUCACCAAGGCCGAGGUGGCGGCGCUGUUCAGCAAGAAGCGCAGCAAAUGCCUGAAGACCGUGAAGAAGAACACGGCUGCCAUUCUCCUCGGCUUCAACAUGACCGAACUGAGCAAGGUGAAGCAUAACCUCCUCACCCCGGUGCUGGAGCCCGCCGUUACUCCAGAGUCGCCGUCCGAGUCACCAGGCGACGACGCUCCAGAGAAAGGAGACGCGAAGGAUGGAGCAGAGCCGAUGGAUGAAAGCGGAAACGACAAAGCCCCAGACGUGGAGCCGAUGGAGGUGGAAUCUCAAACGGGCAAAUAGUCUGAGGGACUCAAACUGACGAGCGACGACGGCCUUUUGUUGUUGACACUCAUUAAAUGACGUAUUUCAUAGCAACCUAAAGUGUAAGUGAGGGCAGUUUGUCGACGUAGCCUUCUGUAUUAGCAUUUCGUUUGAACUCAGUAUGUUGUUGGUGAUCCAUAGCCCAAUUGCUACAACAACUCAAAGCCACGUUCUCGAUGCUCCUUUUGAACGCCAUGAAGAGACGGAGGAAAUAUUGUGAAGCAGACUGUAAAACAGUAUUUAACUAAACACAAUCUCGCUCUACUCGUCACAUACUACAGACUUUACCUGCCACAUUAACUUUGCUGCUUUUUGCACCAUUUAUUUAAGCCCCUCUUCUCCGAACCCCAUUUUCCCAGGGCACACGGUCAUUGAUAUCAGGUAUCGGCAAGCUCCCCUUCUGAUUUAAUCCAGUUUGUCAUGUGCACAUCUUAUGUAUUUUUGUUGGCUUUGUUUUUGUUUAAGUGUUUGAAGUAAUCACUGAAAGUUUUUACCCUUUCAACUCCGUACUGCAGGUCAAAGGGACGUGGCUUUCUCGCUUUACUCCUCGUAGAGAUGAAUGUUCAUCUUACAAGUUUCAAAGCCAAAAUCUAAAGAAUGUACAAACGUUUGGGUCGCCCGGUUGUCGAAUAGCCAGUUUAUCGACCACUGUUGCUUGCAUGAGCCUUUCUUUCAUUAUCCGAUGAAAUUUUGAUUUGUGCCAUUGUGGAAUCGACACGUUUGCAUUAGACCUGUGGUUGUUUGACAUAGAGAUUUAACAUAACGAAACAUGUUUCUGGGUGUUCCCCAUAUAGCUUCUGCUCUCCUGACAGCUGGUUUUUUGUACUGUACUUGUAUUUUCUAUAAUUCUUAGAGUAUAAAAUAUGUUGGGAGAGGAAAAAGAGAAACCUCCAUCCUGUCCUAGGCCACUGUGUUGUAAGAUAAUAAAGUGGUGUCCUUUUACAUAAAUGAUCCAUUUUUAUUUUAUUUUGUAAUAAAAAAAACAU